CACUUUCGCAACACCGCGACGAAACUAGGGCGACAGGCUACCAGACUGAACGUUCGACCGCUUUUCUGUACGAUAACAAGUCUUCCUGUGGCGAGCAGUGAGUGCAGAAUUGCACGACAGCUCUGGUCGUGUUCACCUGAUGUGUCCGUACACAUCAAAGCAGCGGUCCCCCCAAGCGAAACGUACACAUCCAAGCGACAUCCCCGGUCUACGUCGGUCAGCACAUCGGCAGAAAAGGUGAGAGGCGGCAACCCCCUGGCAACAGCAGAGCACCCAGCAGUGUUUUGCAAACAUGGAGACUUUGUGGUGUUGCUUUCAAGUGACGGGCGUCCUUAUUUUCUCUGCCCUUUUGCUUCUGGCAUUGUGGGUCUGGAAAGCUAGCCAAGUGAACAAGACGUUUGAGAAGAUUGGAAUCAAGGGACCCAAACCCAAACCAAUUGUGGGCAACAUCAGCGAAAUGCUCGAAAAGGGAUUUAUGCAGUGCUUUAAGGAGUGGGAAAAAGAAUAUGGGAAAAUAUACGGGAUUUAUCGAGGCCAGGUUCCUAAUCUCGUUGUGACCGAUCUUGACCUCAUACGGGAAGUAAUGGUCAAGAACUUUGUGUCUUAUCCAAACCGCCAGACUAGCAAAAUGGUUGACUACAAGCCUUGGAGCGAGACUCUGCUUACACUCAAGGACGACCACUGGAAGCACGUGCGCAACGUUCUCUCCCCUACAUUCAGCUCUGGGAAACUGAAGAAGAUGUUACCGGUGCUGAGGCGUUGCUGUCAAGACCUUCUGACUAAUAUAAGAGAAAAAGCUGAAAGAGGGGAAGAAAUGGACGCUAAAGAGUUUUCGAGUGCAUACAGCAUGGACGUAAUUGCUGGGGUGGCGUUUGGAAUCCAGAUUAAUUCUUUGAAGAACCCGGAUGAGCAAUUUGUGAAAGUGACUAACCGCAUCCUGUAUGCUCCUCCUUGGAUGUUGACAGUAUUGUUCUUGGUUCCUUUCCUGGGACAGUAUCUCCGGCACAUAGGGAUCGCAGUCGCACCGAAGGAUGCCUUGGAUUACGUGAUUGACGUUAUUUCUUCUGCUCUCAAACAACGUCGCCAGGACCAACAGAAGUACCCUGACAUUCUUCAGCUGCUAGUGGAGGCGGAGACAGAACCCAGCUCUGUCCAGCAAGUUGACCCUGAGAUUGACCACAGAAAAGAACUCAGUGUUUCGUCUAGCUGGAUCCGCAAAGGGCUCACGGAAGGCGAGAUUCAGUCCAACAGUCUCCUGUUUUUGUUGGCUGGGUACGACACCACGGCAGUGGCCAUGUCUUUCCUCCUGUUUAACCUGGCAGCCAAUCCUCAUUGUCUCAGAAAAGUUCAGGAGGAAAUUGACAAGAAGAUAGGAGAAAACGAAGUUGAUUACCAAGUGCUUAAUGAGCUCCCUUACCUCGAUAUGUGCAUGUACGAGUCCAUUCGACUUUAUCCUCCGGGCAACUUAUUGGACAGAGAAUGUGUUGAGGACACAGUAUUGGGUGGUGUCCCCUUGCGUCGUGGUAUGGUCGUCUGCAUCCCAGUUUACAGCAUCCACACCAACCCUGAGUACUGGCCUGACCCCAUGAGGUUUGACCCGGAAAGACACACACCGGAAGCAAAGGCAGCUCGCCAUCCCUUCAGUUUUCUGCCCUUCGGUAUGGGACCUCGCAACUGUAUCGGCAUGCGGUUCGCCGAGCUGGAGCUCAAGAUGGCCGUCGCAUCCAUCCUUCAGAAAUUUUCUCCCGUUCUUUGCAGCAGAUCAGUGUAUCCUCCGAAGAUCAGCAAACACCCAGCAAGGUUUUUAGCUGAAGACGGCUUGUGGAUUAAGAUGGAACCUCGUAAACAGAAAAUAUAAUGAAUUAAAAGCUGCAGCAAGAUUUAUCAAGCUGUGAAAUAUAACUUUAGAUGUCUUUAGUUUUGCGAAACAAAAAUAAUCUAAUUUCAGGCAACCUUCUUUCACACUGAAGUGACUAUUUGGUACCAUUUCCACGUGCAUAAACUUCAUCGUGCUGGAUUUAAACAAGUGUUGAUAAGAUCGAAGCUGAUUUUCGUUAGUUUAUUCUAGUAGUUUAAUUCAAUUUAAAUGUUUCCAAAAAGUCUACUCAUUCAUAAUAACCAAUCAUUAUAUCCUGUCGAAAUAAAACUCUUUCAUUCCUCCACCUCUUACACACAUCUCCCACCUCAAGUUCCUCGGAUCUUUUCCCCCUUUGAUAUGUUUUAUUACGAUUUUUCAAACUCUUUACCCUCGCGGGACACAAUUCCACCUCAUUAAAUUGGGGCUUUCAAGUUUUAUUUAUUAGAUCCACGUAUUCUGUGUAUAUGGUAUGUUUAUACAGAGUGGUAAAACUGCUUUAAGGCGGGCGAUUAUAAAUGAACGUUAAACAACUUCGACAAAGUUUUCAUGUAACUGUUGUCUAAACACUUUGACCAAACUUGUUCGUCCAUAAAUGGCGUUUAGGGCGACUGAAUUCUACCAGUAAACUUGGUAAAAUCCACAACAGUUUCACAGGAAACAAUGGCGAAACACAAUAUGUGCAUUUAUAUCUGGAAUUUGGUCGAAUGUUGAAUACGUACACAGUGCGCAUGCACAGACAAGACCACUGUGUAAAGUAGCAAAUGUAUCUUUGUUAUUUUUUUAAUUAAUAGAGUUUAUAAUCUGAGGAUCAAUCACAAAUGUUUCAACAUUUUAAAGGAUCGACGACUUUUAUUUUUUUUUUUAUAAAUGACAUUUUUUAUCAAAAUUUGGAACGGAGUUCUGGUGUUACGUGUUGUUCAUUUUGCACAUAUCUUGAGAAAUACUUUUAUUUAGAGAAGUGUGCUGUUCUACAUUCAAAAUGUAGACGACGACACUAUACUCUAUGGGGAUACCUAACUUAUAUCUUUGGGCACCAAUGACUAUAUCUUGUUCAAAUGCCUCUGUACACACCAUGCCUUGCGUGCCUUUUGUUUGUUAGCAAUACAAUCUUCUAAACUCUUCGGAAAAGUUCGCAUAGCCACGGAGAGAGUAUGUUUACUGAAGUCAACAGGACAUACAAACGAUUGACUGUGUUGAAAUGGUGGAAGCAUCCUGAAGUAAUGUUUAUUCGACCUACUUAUAUACACAUGUUGCCAAUGAUACUAAGAAUAUAAAGAGACCUUUACAUCUCUCUGUGUGUGUUUUGCUGACAAUAGUAGUUUGACAUAUAUUCACUGUGAUAGAUAUUAUUCAAGUGGUUUUUUUUUUGCCUUUUUUUGAGACUAUUCUCUUAAUGUACCACACAAUUUGUGGAAACUGGCAAAUGGGCGAUAUUUAUAUAGUCGGAAAAUGAACACUCCGAACAUUUUUUUAAGAAUAUUAAAUAGCUUAUUAGAAAAUAA